CGAUUAGGCUGCAGAUGGAUUUAGACGGGUCAGGAUCAGAAGUCAGUCAAGGCUUCACCGUAGAAGGAGACUUGGGGUUUGGACAUGGCUUAAAACCCGGAGCCGUAUCGGUCAUGUCCUUGGUUGAAUCAAGGGAACCAGUUGAUAUGAUUGGAUGUGAUGGUAUUAACUUUGAAGACAUGAGCGAGCAACAGUCAUUCCGCCGGUUUCUGUCUUUAUCUGGAAGAGACGUGAAAGAAAUCAACCAUGACUUAAGAAGACGCCAUUCUGCACCGCAAGCUAGACAAGACAUGCAGACACAAAACAACGAGUGUUCCUAUGGUAACCAUCAUUUGAGACCCACCAAGAGGAGGUCUGGCUUCUUUGAAGGUUUAAGAGCAUUUCUUCUGAGAAGCACUACUCUUAAGCACCUCCUGGAUGGUGGUGAUUCUGGAUUGCUGGAUGGAGGUGAUGGCACAUGGAGUCAGAAGGAUUUUACUCAGCUUGAAGCAGCUACCCAGGAAGUUGCUGUGUUGCAGAAUGAAUUGGAAGCAGCAAGAAAGCAGCUUGAUAGUAAAUACAGAGCCAUCAAAAUAUUACAGAGUCAGGUUGCACAUGCUAUAAUGAUUAACAAAGAGAAGACAAAAUCUAUUCAGCAGGCUGAAAAGAUGAAGAAAUCACUGGAAGAUGAGGUAAAUUCCUUACAGUUUGAUCUGACUACAAGUGAAGAAUAUUCGUUGCUUAGUCAACAGACCUGGGCUGAAAGAUUUAACAGGGUUUGUCUGGAGAAUGAGACUCUUGUUGCAACAUUACAAGCUAGAACAGAACAAGUUCGGUGGAUUCAACUUGAAAAGAAUGCAAUGAAGCGCGAACGUGAUGAACUCCUUGCUAGGAUGGAUGCGAAGGAACGCUUACAGUAUGAUAGACACAAAUCGGCGACAAGUGAUGCCUUUUUGUACAACUCAUUAGCACAGCAGUUUGCAGUCUUGGGGGCAUGUUUAUGUAGGGGUAGUAAACCAGAGCCAUGUGGAUGUGCAAAAGCUGCUGCAAGACUCAAGAAGGAAAAUGACAUCCUCAAAGAUGAGGUGGAUAAACUCCAACAGAAUCUUGAGGCUGUCACCCUGAAGGCAGACUCGUUUAGGACAGCAUUUGAUAAUCAGCUGGAUCAGAACUCACAACUGGGGCAGCAAAUCCAGAAAAUAUGUUGUGAGAGGAGAUCACAGGGACAAGAUGAAGUUCAUCACUGGAGGAAGAAUGAUGCCCCAAAAGUUGGAUGCUUUGAUAAUGAAAACAGCUGUAGAUCAAGAUCAAUCACAAGGACUGACCAUCACCAUAAACUCAGCAGUGAGACUGGCAAAGCAUGUAGGAGUACAGCAAUUCAAGUUUCAGAUCCUCAGCUUGAUUUGAUCGGUACAUUGACAGAUUUGCUUAAUGACAAGACAGAGGCACUUGCUCAUCAACGCUUGGUCGCGAAGAUGCUUGCAAGGAAGAUGCAGGAACUAGAAAAGACAAUGAAACAACUGAAUGAAUACAGUAAAUGAUGAUGCCUGAAGUAUGCACUAAUGAGAAGAGUUACAGCAAUCAUGCAUUGUGAGAUUAAACACUGAAACUGAAGGUUUUUCAUUUAGUGGUGUCAAAUGGUAUGCAUUCUACUUACCUUGAAGUUGAUGUGAAUUUUAAAAAAAGUUGGUUAUUUGAAAUUCAAAAAUUUAUGUAGGAUAAGGUUUAUUUUCUGGAAAUGUUGAUUAAGUCAUGCUCUAUUUUAACUUGAUACGGUCACAAGAUGCCCAAUUUAUUUGAUAGUAUUUUUGUGUCUAUUAUUUACAUUCAUGUUCCACAUAUUUAUUGAACAGUACUAACUUGUUUGCAUAUAAUUAUUCCAUCAUCAUGGUGUCAAGAAAAGUCUAGCCACACUCAGAAAGUGGCACCAGCUCAGCAAAGUUUUUAAAUGUAGCCAUUGUAGUAUUGUCUUGUGCAAUGUUGUACACAGAAACUGAAAGGGGCAAUGUUUUACUUCUACAAGUACAUGUAAGAGAGAUUUAGUCAUUCAGGUUUUGUUGUUCGAAGCCUAAUUUUAUAUUGUAAUCCAAAGCACAAUGACCGAAAUUUUGAAAAAAAAACAAACAUUUGACGUAUGUAAAUGAAGACAUUUAUGCUUUAAGAGUGGAGUAGAUACAGUCACAUUGAAUCAAACUUUCCAAAGUUCAAUAAAGCCUUCUGAAUCAAA